AUGCGCGCGCCUUCAACUGCGGCACUUCUGGUGCUGGCCAGUCUGUGCUACGAAACCCAAUUCUGCCAUGCCAGCCUGCAGCAAGAAGCACUCAAAGCAAAGGAGCGAUACCGCCUGGCCUGCCCCGCCUACGACCACUACGCUCGUGUCCCUCAUGCCCCAUACAGUGACGGUCCGCUGAGGCUACCCUUCCAACGCCCCUCCUCCCAUUGCCGCACCUUUGAAUCCGAUCUAGUGGAGAAGACAAUCACCGACCUGAGCGAACGGAUGAUUGACAAGGACCUCGCACGUAUCUUUGAGAAUGCCUUUCCGAAUACCCUCGAUACUACAGUCAGAUGGCAUGUAGACGGGACAGAAAAGUUGGCGAGCAAAGGCAUGCAAUGGAAUUUGGGAACGGAGGGAGCAUGGGAAGGGCCCCAGAGCUUCAUUGUUACUGGCGACAUUGACGCGGAGUGGCUACGCGAUAGCACGAACCAGCUGGCGCAAUACCAACGACUGGCGAAAAAGGAUCAAAGUAUCCAGAAUCUCAUCCUCGGAGCCAUCAACACCCAAGCGGAGUUCGUCAUCGAGGCGCCAUAUUGUAACUCUUUCCAACCUCCACCGCCCAGCAAGAUCGCCCCAAAUGACAACCACCAGGUCGACAAUGUCCAUCCCGCUUUCGAGCAAAGUCGCGUCUUUGAAUGCAAAUACGAGCUGGACUCGCUGGCGCACUUCCUCUCCCUGUCUAAUCAGUUCUACGAACACUCCGCUUCUACCGCAUUCCUCACCAACCGGUGGUACGAAGCUCUGGAGAAUCUUUUGGCAGUCCUCGAUCAGCAGAGCAAGCCUACCUUUGAUCCCAAUACUGGUGCAUACGAGCGAAACAUCUACCGCUUCCAGCGAAACACCAAUGUCGGGACGGAAACCCUCAAUCUGGGUGGCAUUGGCAAUCCCCUCAAUUACGGCACUGGCCUCGUUCGCUCCGCCUUCCGCCCGAGCGACGAUGCAACUACGCUCGGCUUCUUCAUCCCCGCCAACGCCAUGAUGGCGGUAGAACUUCGUCGCACGGCCGACAUCCUCUCCAAAGCCGGCUCAUCUACCCUCGCCGAAGACCUCCAAACCCGCAGCGAGACCAUCACCAAAGGCAUCUGGGAGCACGGCGUAGUCGAGCACAAGAAAUGGGGACGCGUCUUCGCCUUUGAAGUCGACGGCUACGGCUCCUCCAUCAUCAUGGACGACGCUAACCUGCCCUCCCUCCUCUCCCUUCCCCUCCUCGGCUUCGUCACCCGCACCGACGAAGUCUACCAAAACACCCGCAAAAUGAUCCUCAGCAAACAAGGCAACCCCUACUUCCUCCAGGGCCGCAACUUCCAGGGCAUCGGCGGCCCCCACAUCGGCACGCAGUACGCCUGGCCCAUGUCGCUUCUGGUGCAGGCCAUGACGAGCGACAACGACGAGGAGAUUACGCGGCUGCUGGCGGCCGUCAAGACUGCCGCGCCGCUCGGCCUCAUUCAUGAGAGUGUGAAUGUGGAUCGCGUGAGGGAUUACACGCGCAGCUGGUUUGCAUGGGCCAAUUCGGUGUUUGCGCAGACGAUUUUGGAUUUGGCGGAGAGGAAGCCGCAUUUGCUGUUUGGGGAGGGGGCGGAGAAGUACGUGAUUGGGUGA